CACACACACGCCCUGUGAGGGUGAGAAAUGCCGUGUUAAGGAGGAAAUGAAUUUGUCAUGAAGAAAUGAACAGGAAGAUGUUUGUCACACAGACGAGCAGCAGCAGGAUGGAGACGCUCGGACUGAUUCUCUUCAUGUGGGCUUCUCUUUCGGGGGCCUUCAACGUCGACACUGAACAUCCACUGAGAUUUAACGGCACACCAGACGAUUUCUUUGGUUACAGCGUUUAUCAGACUGAGUUUGGAAACAGGAAACAGAUCAUUGUUGGAGCUCCAUUACAAGGAAAUUCAGCAGGACAAAUUUACAGCUGCACCGCAGAUCUGCAGUUCUGUGAACAGCUGCAGUCGCCAGGUUCAGAGAGCGUCCGUUUCUUCGGCAUGUCUGCUGCUGUGUCGUCUGCUGCUGUGACUAGCUGCAGUCCGUAUGUUCCUCACGAGUGUGAUGGAAACUCGUAUCUGAACGGCGUUUGCUACCAGUUCAACAGCAGCUCACAGGCCGUCUCAAACUUUACUGCCGCUUACCAAGAAUGCACCAAGAGAGAGGUCAAUCUGGUGUUUCUCUUUGAUGGAUCCAGCAGUAUGAAAGCACAUGAGUUUCAAAUGAACAAAGACUUCAUUAAAAAUAUUAUGAAAACACUUUCAAACUCAUCCAUAAAGUUUGCUGCUGUCCAGUUUUCAUCAGACAUACGAACUGUGUUUGAUUUCAACGAUUAUCAGAACGGCUUCGCUGAAGAGAAACUCAAGAACGAGGCGCACAUGAAAUCUCUCACAAACACAUAUCGUGCAAUCAACUACAUUCUAAAUAAUCUGCUGAAUAACGUGUUGUCUGGAGCCAAUCCCAAUGCUGUGAAAGCUCUGGUGAUCAUCACAGAUGGAGAACCCAGUGAUAAUGAUAAUAAAAAUGUCCUCAAAACAUGUGAUGAGCAAAAUAUCCUGCGUUACGUCAUUGGGGUGGGAAAGGUUACGUUAGCCACAGUCACUCACCUGGCAUCAGCACCGAAACACAACAACACCUUCUACAUUCAACAGUACAGUGGACUCCAGGGACUUCUUGACAACCUGCAAAAAAAGAUCUACAAUAUUCAAGGGUCAAAGGAAGCUCACGGCAGAGACAGACAGAGAGAGUUAUCACAGAGUGGAUUCAGUGUUGUUUACUAUGAGGACUCUGUGAUCGUGGGUUCGGUUGGAUCUAAUGACUGGCGUGGAGCUCUGUAUGAAGUGACGGGAUCAGGAUCUGAAUUCAGAGAGACAGAGAUCACCGAUCCAGCUGUCAGUAGAGACUCGUACAUGGGUUACUCGACUGUGCUGGGAACGAGAGGCGGCGUCCCUCAUCUGUUCUCUGGGGCGCCACGAGCCGAACACACGGGUCUGGUGACCCUCUUCACCAAGAAUAAAAACACAUGGACAGUGACGAGGAACAUCAAAGGAGAACAAAUUGGCUCAUAUUUCGGAGCGUCUCUGAGUCUGUUGGAUGUGGACUCUGAUGGAGACUCAGAUUUCCUUCUGGUCGGAGCUCCAUUAUUUUACCAGUCUCAGCCGAGGACUGAAGGAAGGCUGUACGUCUACGCUUUCUCAGAGCAGAAUUUUCAGAAAAUGCUGAAUGUGAGCGAAACAACCACAGGCAGAUUUGCUGCAUCUUUGGCUUCACUAAAGGACCUGAAUGGAGACAGUCUGUCAGAUGUGGCGGUUGGGGCGCCGCUGGAGGAUGAAGGAGUCGUCUACAUCUACCUGGGCGACAGGACGCUUGGCAUAAACCCUAAACACGCUCCUCAGCGGAUCCCAGCGCGGUCGGUUCUGUCUGGUCUGCAGCAGUUCGGGGUGUCUCUGUCCGGUCAGAUGGACAUGAACGAUGAUAAUCUGACAGACAUCGUGAUCGGAGCACAAGGAGGGAUCGUCCUGCUCAAGGCUCGGCCUGUGAUGUCUGUGUCUGCACAGCUCAGCUUUAGUCCAAAGGAAAUCAGCUUGAACUACUUUGAAUGUCCGGGUGACAGCGCAUUUAAUGCAUUUAAUCUGUCUUCGUGUUUCACGGUGACCGAGAGGACUGGCAGCACCGGAUCUCUGGAGAAGAAGCUGAAUGUUUCUCUGAACCUGAAUGUGGAUGUGGUGCGAGGAAUGAGUCGAGGAUUCUUUGAUCAGAAGGAUUCGUCGUCCAGGACUCUGCAGCAGUCCGUCCUGCUGGAUCCUGGAUUUUCCUGUUUCAACUUCUCCAUCUUCAUGCUGCGCUGUGUUAAAGACACAGUGUCUCCUCUGAAGAUACGAAUGAAUCUCUCACAAGCUGAGAAGUUUUAUGGAAAGUCUUUGGCUGUUCUUGACAUCCACAGCAGAACGGAGGAGUAUGUCCAGGUGCCGUUCCAAAGGAACUGUAAUUCAAACAACAGCUGUGUGGCCGAUCUGAAGCUGAACUUCAGUUUUACGGCUCGGCCUGUGAUGUCUGUGUCUGCACAGCUCAGCUUUAGUCCAAAGGAAAUCAGCUUGAACUACUUUGAAUGUCCGGGUGACAGCGCAUUUAAUGCAUUUAAUCUGUCUUCGUGUUUCACGGUGACCGAGAGGACCGGCAGCACCGGAUCUCUGGAGAAGAAGCUGAAUGUUUCUCUGAACCUGAAUGUGGAUGUGGUGCGAGGAAUGAGUCGAGGAUUCUUUGAUCAGAAGGAUUCGUCGUCCAGGACUCUGCAGCAGUCCGUCCUGCUGGAUCCUGGAUUUUCCUGUUUCAACUUCUCCAUCUUCAUGCUGCGCUGUGUUGCAGACACAGUGUCUCCUCUGAAGAUACGAAUGAAUCUCUCACAAGCUGAGAAGUUUUAUGGAAAGUCUUUGGCUGUUCUUGACAUCCACAGCAGAACGGAGGAGUAUGUCCAGGUGCCGUUCCAAAGGAACUGUAAUUCAAACAACAGCUGUGUGGCCGAUCUGAAGCUGAACUUCAGUUUUACGGCUCGGCCUGUGAUGUCUGUGUCUGCACAGCUCAGCUUUAGUCCAAAGGAAAUCAGCUUGAACUGCUUUGAAUGUCCGGGUCACAACACAUUCAACACAUUUAAUCUCACGUCAUGUUUCACGGUGACUGAGAAGAACAGGAGCACCGGUGUGAACAAACCUCUCUCAUGUCUCUCAGGAUCUCUGGAGAAGACGCUGAAUGUUUCUCUGAACCUGAAUGUGGAUGUGGUGCGAGGAAUGAGUCGAGGAUUCUUUGAUCAGAAGGAUUCGUCGUCCAGGACUCUGCAGCAGUCCGUCCUGCUGGAUCCUGGAUUUUCCUGUUUCAACUUCUCCAUCUUCAUGCUGGGCUGCGUUGCAGACACAGUGACACUUCUGAAGAUACGAAUGAAUCUCUCACAAAUUGAGAUGUUGACUGGAAACUCUGUGGCUGUUCUUGACAUUCACAGCAGAACGGAGGAGUAUGUCGAGGUGAGCGUGAAGUUUGUUAUUCCACCCAAUCAAAUGAUGUUGAUCGUCGCCAGCUCCGUGGGGGGCGGGUUCAUCAUGUACAUUAUCAUAUUGGUAGUGCUAGUGAAGCUUGGGUUCUUUAAACGAAUGCGCCCUCAAGAUCUUUUCCAAGAGGAUGAAAAUGUGACCUUGAUAAAGAAAACGGAGAGUUUGGUGAGAACGUCAGUGGAGAGAAAGAGAACGGAGAUGGAGUAAAAAUGGAGUGAAAUUGUUACUUAAUCAUUACUUAUCUUCAUCUCUCUUUUUCUUUAAUCUCAAAGAAGUAACCUUCAUAGUGUUAGAGGUGUGUGAUAUACCAGUGCAUACAAUAAGCACAAAAUUAGUCAACUGGUAGAAAUUGUAGGAUUAUCGUCUCUAUCGCAGUUAUGCUCACGUGACAUUGCACUGCUGCGCUCUCAUGAAGAUUUGUCAAUUGUAUGGGUUUUUAAGCUUCGCCGGUUUAAGCGUUUUCAACCCAUUCAAGCACAAAAUAAUGUGAAAGCAAUUCAGUUUGGUGCUUGUGCUCUGUUCUGACAGGCGCUCUUCUGUGCGCACACGUACAGCCACCUUUCAUAGCGUGUGAGGACUGAAAUGAGCUCUUUUUUGUGGCUAUUUGCACUUAAACUGUUAAAUGCACACAAAACAUGUCAUAACGGCAAACAUGCACGUAAACACAUUCAGCUAUGCCUAAAGUACCUAAAGUGAUAUAUGAGUUCAGCACAUUAGUUCGUAAAGCAGUGGUCCUAAACUCAAUUCCUGAAGGGCCACAGCUCUGCACAGUUUCACUCCAACCCCAAUCAAACACACCUGAUCCAGCUCAUCAAGGUCUUCAGGAUUACUAGAAACUCCAAGCAGGUGUGAGUUGAAGCUGGUUGAAGCUAAACUCUGUAGAGCUGUAAAGUGUCCUUAAUGUUAAUAAAACUAUAAAAGGUAAAGAGAAAAACACUCGCCGAUGGACUGAAUCAUUUUUGUGGCUUUAAUAACAACGAUUCUGUAUUUAAUUCAUACAGUAAAUAUUUCAUUCAUACAUUCUAUUCAUUUUCUGUAAUAUUUUUUUCUGUCAGAUAAACCUGUCUGUAAACCACUCUAUUUCAUUUGUAUCUUUGUUCUGUUGCAUUUUUGUCCCUGUUGCUUGUAAUUAGUUACUUUACUGUGACUAUGACUGUUUACUUGUUUUCUCUAAGUUUAAGAUUUAAGAUUUUUUACUUCAUCAGCUUUUGCUCUCUCUCGCUCUCUCUCUCUCUCUGGAUAAUUUGUAGAUGUUUAAUUUGUAAAUCGGUGUAUUUGUGAAGUUGACUCAUGAUUGUUUGAACAUGUAUGUCUGAGUAUGGGCAGUUUGUGGUUUUAAGAUUUUAUUUCUGUGAGUAUUUAUAUAUUUAUAGUAUCUUGUGUUUUUUUUUCCCCCUCCGUUUUUCUUGUUAUGUGAUGAAAUUUAGAAUUUGAAUGUUUUGGUAACAAAGAGACCUUAAAGUCUCUCUUUCUCUCUCUCUCUGAAGUAUGGGAAACUCUGCUUAGCUGUGUGAUCAUGUUUUCUUGAGGUUCAGCAUGUUUUCAAUGUGUUUAGUUUAUAUUAUUAUUUGC